AUGGAAGAAUCACAGAAGCUUGAAAACUUGGUAUCAGAGGUUGUUGACAUCACUCGCUUUGACCAGCCAUUGGAGGUUACGGCUAGCAUUGUUAACAAUGCCGCCAGUGAUGAUGUGUCUCUCCAUGCACUUCUUCUCGAAACUUUAAAGACAGCCUCUGAAUUAUCAGAAAGAGACGGGAUCAAACUUCGACUACUUGCAGCCGUGGCCAGUAAGAAUGCCCAUGCGAAAGACGGGCUGAUCGAUUUGAAGCGCCUUUUCGACCUCGGCCUUCUUCGAAACAUCUCUCAGCAGUCCAUGAUCAAACUUCGCCUCAAGGCAUCUGAGCUGACGGGUGACGAUGCUACAGUCGUCCAAGUUGAACCUAGCAGUGGAGAUGAUGUCGAAUUGACAGAACCUGGAACGGACUGGGACCACCUCCGCUCUGUGAUUCUCCAGGAACAUGGAGAUGAUGAGAGCCGCAAUGACUCAGAGGUCACUCCUGAGGGUCUUCAACAGGGUCUUUCGACCAACAUCCAGCUCUGGCAGAGUCAGGACGCCGACAGGCUCAGGCAGAUGGUCCGCCUUGCCGGGCAACCUGAAGACUUGACCGCUCUGAUGACCUGCGAUUACACCGACGCUCGUUCUGUUUCUGCUAAAGGAACCAUCCUCCUUCCCACCCUGGCAGAAUACGACAUACCUGCUGAAAGAGCUGACGAUAUUCUGCACAAGGCCCAGCUCAUAACAGAGGGAGGAGAUCACGCGGAGAGGACACUCCUUCAAUCCGAUAGCAACGUUGCUAUUUUCACCUCAGCGAAUGCCUCCAACCUCAGCCCUGGAGCCCAAGCAGCCAAGGCGGCCUUUUCUGCCGGUGUCAGCUUCAGUUCCAUGUUUCAGGCGACAUAUCCACAAGGUUGCGAGCAUUGUGCCUCUGUAACUGGCCCCAGUGCAUUCUUUGUCCACUUGCUACACACUCUAGCAGGUGUAAGCGUUGGUGGCAGCAAGUCGAGCCUGCGAGACCAGCUAUUCCAGCGCCGCCCUGACCUAGCUCACCUGCAGCUUACCUGCACCAAUACCAACGUCCUAAUUCCCUACGUAGACAUAGUCAACGAGACGCUUGAGGCUAUCGCCUGGGUUGACGCGAACCCAGGUACAGAUGUGCCGCCGCCUUACAACAUGGGUGGACAAGAUACCACCGAGCUCAACACAGGGCGCCCGCAGCAUACCCUGAUCAAGGUUUAUCAGGAUGUCAUUCAGCCACUGGUAACUCCCAUGGCUACAUUCCCAUUCAACCAUGCUACGCAGCGUCUAAGGGCGUACCUAAAGGCUCUGAACACUUCUUUGGAGGAAGUCCUCAGGGUGUUUCGUGCACCGCUACGAAUGUCAGACAAAGUGUCAGACAAAGUUCGAGAGACAAUUAUUGGUCGUUUCUCGGAGUCUGAGGCCCUGUCCCUGCAACACGAAGACUACAACAUCAUCUGUGGGCAAGAUAUCUGGGACACUUCUGAACCGAAAAACCGGUUCGAUGUGUCAUGUCACCGAUCUUGGGGAUUUGAAAGCGAAAAGGAGAUGCUCAGCCCCGACAAGGGACUUACGUGCAUCCAAUCAUCACUACUUUCUCGCAGCGGCAUGACACUAGAAGAGCUGGUGGAUCUUCUGCGGACGGAACUCUUCCAUAGUCGCCUCAUUAUCACAUCUAAGGAUGGAAACCUCGCUGACGAUAACUUGGACAUGUUACGCCUGGAGCACCGUAAAGGAAUCAACACCAGUCUGCCUACCUUGCGGGUGGAUGACUGUUGGUUACUGCAGGGUUUCAUACGGCUCAGAAAGAGUCUGGACUGGCCAGUUGAACAACUCAGCGCAGUCUUGUAUAGCCUUGAGAUAAUUGGCCCAAAGUUAUUCAAACCCGCUACUCUGUCGAAGCUUGCUGCAGUUAAGGAGCUAGCUAGGCUCACUGGUCUCUCGCCAGUUGAACUGCAACCGUUCUGGGCUCCUAUGGAUCACUUCGGCCCGAUGUCCUUGUACGCGCAGAGAUUCUUGGCCCGGCCUCGUAAGCCCGAUGAUGUCUUCGGUUACGAUGACAAAGACCGAGUUCUUCAGAAGGAGAACAUAUUCAUUGAAGAUCACCUUUUGACUGUGCUCUCUGGUGUUGGUCUACGCCAAGAAGGUUGGGAGGCUGUCAAGUCUCACCUUGACUCACAAGCACUCUCAUUACGGAAUUUAUCUCGGCUGUACUCGAUAGCGACUUUAUGCCGCAUACUUGGCAUAUCCCCUGCCGACUAUAAUGCCUUUUUACUUCUCUACCCAGAAUAUCGUGAAUGGUUCAGAAGCCCUAACACAACUCUGUCGCUCGUUCGGGAGUUUCUGGAAUCCCCAUGCACAGGAGCUCGGCUAAAGGUUGGAGACAUGGUAGCUUUGUGUCUCCAAGACUCUUUCAUACGCGCCAGGCCACUCCCUCUCAAGAGCAUUACAGACAUGGUUGCAUCCAUCCGCAGGGCUAUCUCCGCCGCACAAGAUGUUUACCAUGGUGAUGGGUCAGACUCAGCUUCGAAGCAGCAGGUCGUGCUUGGAGCUUUGUUGACAUUCUUCCCGGACAUGGACAAAGAGGCUAUGGAGUUUAUCCUCACAGCAAUUUUGAAGUUAGACAUACGCGAUGUGGAUUACAGUCUCAAGUCUGAUGAUAUGACUCCGUCUCAAACUAUCUUGUGCAUCUUGGCAAACGUCGCUACGGCUACUCCUGACGGUGUGACUGUGACGGUGCACACUGAGAACUACUUUAUUCCCCCAAAGACAGCAGUUUACGAGAUACAAGUUGAAAAGACAGGCGGGACUCUAGAAUUGGAUGGCACUUCCCUACCCAUCUCAGCAGACCACACAGCUGUCACUCCCAGACUCAUCCAAGGUCAAGUGUAUUUUCUCUCAUCGACACAUGAGGUCACAAAUAUCUACUUGCAAACUGGCCCAGAGGCGAACCUGGCCAACAGAGAGCAGGCGUAUUUAAUUGAAAAGAAAUGCGUGGUCAAGGCUCAGCCGAUCCUUGAACGUGUGGUGCGCUUGGUCAAAGUGAUCCAGCGGUGGAAAAUCGAUACUCGGGAGAUAGAAACCUUCCAUGAGUCGGGAGUGAUUGAAAUUGGGGUUUUGGACCGCAAAGGACUUCGCUGGCUGGAAACAUAUCAUCAUCUACGAGGAGCUUUCCUCAAAACAGGGGCUUCAAAGCCUCUUCACCAGCUUUUCAAGACCUUGCACAGUCUAGGAGAGAAGAGCAUCACCCGUACCCAGCUUGUCGCACUUCUAGUAUCUGUCACUGGUCGCAGUUCUUUAUUGUGCAGCGAAUACCUGGAAGAGAAGUUCCGCAUACCUGCACCCGAAAAGGGAAAGGAGUCAGAAGAAAAGCCCCUUGACAAAGGAGUGAUCGACAGUGUUACCAGUCUCUCCGCUCUUGUGGAAAUGGACCAAACCAUGCAAACUGCCACACGGCUUGGUAGCCAUGGCUUGUCAUUGCGAUUCCUAUUUGACCUAGCGCAACCCAGAGAACCAGAUGAGAGAGUCAAGUUCCAGUUCGACCACGCUCAGAUCCUCUGCAACGCCGUUGGCGCCCAAAGCACCGCUUUGAAGGCUGCGAACGAUGAGAUUCGAACAGGACAGCGUAGGGCGCUUGUGCAAUAUCUACUAUCCCAUCGGUACAGUGAAAGGCUUUCUGUUACAGACGCAGACGGCCUCUUUGAGCAUCUACUUAUCGACGUACAAAUGGGAGCUGCCUUCCAGACGACGAGAAUGAAACAGGCCAUCUCCACGGUCCAGUUGUUCAUCAAGCGUUGCCUCAUAGGCGCAGAGAUUCGAUAUGGCGUCAACAAUAGCGACCUGAAGAAGAAUUCCAGCAUCGACUGGGAGCAGUUAUGCCAGUAUAGGCUGUGGGAAGCCAACCAGAAGGCUAUCCUGCACCCGGAAAGUUGGGCUGACCCAACCCUUCGUGACAACAAGACAGAGCAAUUCCAAAGACUAGAGUCACGUAUGUCGCAGGAUAAGCUCAGUCGCGAGGUCAUUCAGGACAUGGUCCAUCAAUACCUCAGCGAAGCGAAUAGCGUCGCCCAACUGCGUGUCGAAGCAUAUCAUUGGGAUGAGGAUCCCGACGCUACUGAGAGUGGAGGUGGCAAGGCGCGAUUACACGUCUUUGCACGUACACAAACACAGCCUCUCGCGUUUUAUCAUCGCGUAGUCCGCGUUCGCUUUCUUGGAGAUGUGAAGGCUUAUCAUCGUUGGACUCCGUGGGCUCGGUUCUCAGCAGAUGUCCCCAUGUAUGACACUAACGUCAAUGUCCGCAAUCCCAGUCCCAUGGAAGCCGAUAACUUAGUUGAAGCCGGGAAAAGGGUGGAUCCCUUUGAGGCUCAGGAUGAGAGCACACGCAGCGUCAACAACAUCGACCAGAGCAAGAAUAAACCACCGAAGAAGAGUGACGCUAAGAGUGACGCUGGAAAGGGGGAUAAGAAAUACGAACAAGAUAAAAUGUUGACAGCAGCGUUAGGGGCUUGCCAGGGAUCCUACAUUGUCCCUACCAUCCUUGAUGGCCGACUAGUGGUCUUUCUGCCAGAGAUUUCGCUACAGCAAAGGCCCAAUGACAACUUUGCACCAGGUGGUAAGGUGUCUAUGAAGGACCUCAAUUCACGUGAGGUCUCGAUAGCUACCAGUAAGUGGUGGGAGAUCAAAAUGGCACGCACCGAUUUCCGUAACGGAUCCUGGUCCGAAAAGGUCGUUUACCCAACCACUAUGAAGCUGGCUGAUGCGUUUUUCCUGGAUGCAGCCUUUUGGGUUAUUCAGGGGUUUCGGUUCUGGUUUAGCCAUGACGCCAACGGGAUCCCAGGAAUUGACGUUGAGCACCCUCGCUCAGUUGACUAUGACGGAUCUCGGAAGAAGAAAGAAAAUGACGAGAAUCGCUAUCCUCCCCUCGGGCGGUUCGAGUUACGGGGGAACCAAAUGUCUUUGUGUACCGACAAAGAGGCCAUCCUGAAGAGCCGGAAAAGAAGACGCAUCGCACGACCAUUUCGAACAGCAUUCGGCCAUAUUGAGGACCGGAACGACAACUCAUAUCUUCUCUGGCCCUUUUACACCCGCCUUGGAGUCCCCAUGCCCAGGACAGUGGACGGCGAAAAGAUCGAAACGCCUUCGGAAAGGAUGUGGACCUUUGCUUUGAAUUCCAAACACACCUACGGGUUAUCUACCUUGGCCUUCAAUGACCUAACUGGGGGCAGGCAUCAGCAAUUUCUAGGUGUGCCCCAGACGCCUCGGCUCUUCGACAGGUGGAUGUAUCUCAGAGAUUGGGAUAUGAAAAAGAGUGGUAAGGAUUAUGCCAGGGUCUUCCGCGUGUCUAACACUAUAAUGCCUUCUGCUCUGGAGCACGUCGACCAAGGUGGGACAGUCCCAUCCUGGUACAAGUUCCUAGGAACGCCUGAGAAACUAUCACCUGAGCACUGGGACGCAUUCGGUCGACCCGAUGCUAGCUCUAAGCGCUUUCAUGAGGAGUCGACCUCCUUUGCCGUGUAUUUCUGGGAAUUGGGUGUGCACUUACCAAGUUUGUUAAUGGAGCGUCUUAUGGCUACGCAACAGUAUGAGUUGGCCCUUGAGGUGGCACGGAACGUCUUCGAUCCGACUCGAGGGGACAAGGCCGAGGAUUGCUGGCUAUUCCCGCCUUUUCAGAAAAUCGUCCAAGAUUCGAGAAGCUCAUCAGACUGGCUUAAAGAAAUUACGCCUGAGGAGGUACAGGACGCCAACGCAAGCGUGCAUGCAGCUGCUCGUCUUAACCCACGAGCAUACAUGAAGCGUAUCGUUCUCAAGUACAUUGAAGCACUGGUCGCCUUAGGGGAUAACUAUUUUCGUCAAGCUACCAUGGAAGCUAUCCCAAUGGCUAUUGAGCGUUAUGUCGAGGCCUCUCAUCUCUUCGGACCUGGUCCGCCAAAGGUACCAAAGAUGGCUGACGCCCUGCCUAUGACCUACAAAGAACUUCCAGGUCAGGAGAAAGAUGGCCGCAACCCCUAUGUCGACAGCAAGCCAAAGCCACCUUUCUUCAAUGGUUCGUCUAAACCAAUGCGCAUUCAUUACUUUUGCGUCCCGGGCAAUCCCCAGCUGGUCAAGCUACGGCAGCAGAUCGAUCAACGUUUAUACAACAUUCGUAAUGGCCUUGAUCUUUAUGGAAAUCCCCUCUCACUUGCUGUUUGGGAGCCGCUCCUAGAUCCCGGUCGCGUUCUUGCAUCAGGGAAGACCGGCAACGGAGGACAUGCCGGCCUCCUGGCGGAUUUGAGCAGUCCAAUGCCCCGAUACCGGUUCAGAAAUCUGAUUCAGCGCGCGUACGACAUUGUGGCUCAGGUGCGCGUCACAGGAGAGCAACUGCAGUCAAUUAGGGAGAAGAAGGAUGCAGAAUCUCUUCUCGCGCUACGUGCUGCUCAUCAGAACAGCAUGUUGGCGUUAACAAUGCGUGUUAGGGAGCACCAGAAGACUGAGAUCCUAAAAUCGAUUGAGUCCCUCCGAGAGACAAGGUCUCAGCAGGAGAUGCGCUUACGGUUCUACAUCAGCCUUACUGGUGAUAAAACCGAGAUACCGGCUGAGAAUGAAGCGUGGAAGGAUAUUGAACAGUCUAUUAUGCCGCCAACUAAGGAUGAUCUUCGUAUGUCACCGCAAGAGCUGCAAGAAAUGGAUGAGACCAAGAAAGCAUCGAACCUCAACCUCGCUGCUGGCAUCAUAGAAUCAAGCGCUGCAGCCGCAUUUGCUAUUCCCACUGCCUCAGUCAAGACGCAACCCAUGGGCUGUGGCAUGGACAUCACGUACGGUGGUCAUACUAUAGGUCAGAUACUUCUCGCAUCCGCCAGUGCCAUCAAGACGGCAUCUCUCCAAGCCCAGGACAAGGCAGGCCUCGCAGCUCGUACCUCAGGUCUCAUGCGGCAACUCCAGGAGCGCCGUCUGGAGGCCAACAUCAUCGGCAGAGAACUGGUCAAGAUCGAUAAGGAACUAGCGCAGCUUCAAGCCCGUCUUGUAACCCAUGAGGCCGAAGUUUUUGCUCACCAAAAGGAGAUAGAGUGCGCGGCAGCUGAGGAGAAGUGGCUCCGAAACAAGUACAGCAAUACACAGCUCUACGCCUCGCUCGAGAACAUGAUGGAUGUGUUGUUUAACCAGACGUACGUGCUAGCCUGGGAGAUGAUUGCGACAGCGCGCAGAGCAUUGGACUUUGAGUACGUCAUCCGCGGGGAUUGUGCACCUCGUCUCACGCCGCAGCUUGGGUUCCAGGGCAGUGAUCUUGCUGGUCAUGCUCUUUAUCUCGAGAUCAAACGCAUGGAAUCGAGUUACAUGAACAACAAGUCGCAUGAUUUCGAGAUAGCCAAGGCGGUCUCGCUACGGCAACUGAGUCCUGUGAGUUUACUGGCCCUGAGAGAGAAGGGAUCUGCUUCAUUCAAAAUUCCUGAAGUUAUCUUUGACAUGGACUACCCGGGUCACUACUGUCGUCGCUUAUCCGCCGUUGCUGUGUCGAUCCCCUGCAUUCUUGCGUCUUAUGCCACUUUGAGCUGCACCCUCAAGCUCACCAAAAACGAAUACCGCAUUUCCAAGGACGCUACCGACUCUGAGUCCUAUUUGAAACAUGAGGGUGCGGAGUUUCAAUCUGAUACCGUUCCCAUCUCAGUUAUCGCUGUGAGCUCCGGAUUCCAGGACAGCGGUGUCUUCAACCUGGACUUUGAGAGCACAGACAAGUACGGGCCCUUCGAAGGUGCUGGGGCUAUUUCGACCUGGGACAUAAAGUUCCCUACAGAUUUCCCAUCGUUCGACUAUCGCACCAUUUCGGAUGUGAUCCUGCACCUUCGCUACACGUCCUUUGACGGUGGAGGUAAUUUGGCCAAAGCAGCUACAGAAGCCACGAAGCAGUUGCUGGGAACGCAACAAAGCUCCAGCAUCGCCAUCGAUCUCAAACACGACUAUCCUAACGAGUGGAGGAGAUUUCUUGAAACGGGCACAAUGCCCUUGCCCUCACUGUCCAGGCGUCUACCGUUCUGGGCACGGCUCAGGGGUAGAUCUGCAAAGACAGACAGCAUUGCGCUUAUUUUAUACCCGGAUCGGCCCCCCACUGCUAAAAUACAGGUCGGUGCACCUGGGGAUGGCGAAGAGAUUGAGCUUCAGAGUGAAGAUAAGAAGCAUGAAAGGCAGCUGCCUAGUCUUCUACACGAUAGUCUGAAAGAACACGCGCUUCAGUCGAUAGCGGAUCUAGAGUGUAGCGUGUCAGAUACUUGGGCUAUUCAGACUAAGAAGACUGACAAGGAGUUGGAGCUUGGCUGGUUGAUUGUUUGGUAUUCUACCAAGUAA